AUGACUGCCUUCACGUUACCCUCCACGCACGGGCGCGUCGUCACCGUCCUCGGCGGCGGCGUGCUCGGCCGACGCAUCGCCUGCGCCUGGGCAGCGAGCGGCUUCGACGUCACCAUCCGCGACCCCAGCGCCGAGCAGAGAAUCGCCGCCAAGCACUACUGCGACACCAGCAUGCCGCAGUACUCGGACUCAUCCCGUCGCGGCACCGUCCGCGCCGUUGAAGACAUGGCCGCGUCCGUCAGCGACGCCUGGCUCGUCAUCGAGGCCGUGCCGGAGAAGCUCCCCCUCAAGAUCUCGACCUUUGCCGAGCUCGAGACGCUCGCGCCGGGGGACGCCAUCCUGUGCAGCAACUCGUCGUCGCUCAAGUCGCGCGACAUGGUGGGCGGGCUAAGGCCGCAGACGCGUCGUCGCGUGCUCAACAUGCACUACUACAUGCCGCCGGGGAACCGCAUCGUGGAGCUCAUGACGGAUGGGGAGACGGACGAGCGCAUCUUUCCGUUCCUCGUGGAGCGGCUGAGGGAGAUUGGCAUGCAUCCGUUUGUGGCGCGCAAGGAGAGCACCGGCUUGAUCUUUAACCGGCUCUGGGCGGCCAUCAAACGCGAGGUGCUGAAUAUUCUGGCCGAGGAGGUGUCGACGCCUGAGGAGGUGGAGCGCAUGUGGAAGGAGAUGUAUGUCAAUAACCACUCUGGGCCGGUGGCUAUGAUGGAUGCGGUUGGGCUUGAUACCGUGUCCUUCAUUGAGCAGCAUUAUAUCGACGAGAGGGGGCUGCCGGACGCGCCGGUCAAGUUCCUGCAGAGCUACAUCGACGCCGGCAAGCUGGGCGCCAAGUCACCCAAGGGCGGGCUUCUGCCCCCCGGCGGCACGACGAGGGCCGUCAACGGCUCGCACGGAGACCACGACAACGUCCACUCCCCGCUGCUCUACCUGCUCGACAUUGGCCUCUCCGCCAAGAACCCCCAGGACGCCUUCCACGCCGGCCGCGUGCUCGUCGGCUCGCAGGACGCCCGACCACUCAAGGCCCUGGUCUCGAACCAGCACACCCCCGACGGCAUCGACAUCUCCCUCUCAGCGGGCAAGCUCUUCUGGACGAGCAUGGGCAUCCCAUCGCAAAACGACGGCGCCGUGUACAGCUCCAACCUCGACGGCAGCGACGUCACGGCCAUCGUCCCCCGCGGCGCGGUCCACACGCCCAAGCAGCUCACCGUCGACAGCGUCAACUCGAAGCUCUACUUCAGCGACCGCGAGGGCCUGCGCGUCAUGCGCUGCGCGUUCGACGGCUCCGGCCUCGAGGUCCUCGUGCAGACGGGCGACUGGCGCGACGAGAGCCACCAGGCCGACCAGACGCGCUGGUGCGUCGGCGUGACGGUGUCGCCCGCGACGGGCAAGUUCUACUGGACGCAAAAGGGCCCCUCCAAGGGCGGCAAGGGGCGCAUCUUCCGCGCCGAUAUGGUGUUCCGCGCGGGCGAGGCGGCUGCGUCGAGGACCGACGUUGAGUUGCUGUUCCAGAACCUGCCGGAGCCGAUUGACCUCGAUGUCGAUGAGGCGGAGAACAUGCUGUACUGGACGGACCGAGGCGAGCUGCCCCUCGGCAACAGCAUCAACCGCGCCAAGCUGGAGACGGUCCACCCGGCUGAAGCCCCGAGCCGGCCGGGCAAGGAUUACGAGGUCAUCGCGCGCGACAUGCACGAGGCCAUCGGUAUCAAGCUGGACCCGACCAACAGGCACAUCUACACAACCGACCUGGGCGGCACCGUCUACCGGCUGAACUUGGAUGGGGGAGAUCGAAAGAAGCUGUACGAGGGGUCAGGAGCGAUUGCAGGCAUCACUCUCGCGUACGUGUAG